GAUCCCAACUUAAAAACAUAACAAAAGAAACAAUAAAUAUAGUAUCUCAAUAGAAUGGAGUCUCUCAAAUCCUUUGCAGCUAUUCUCAUUGUGAUGUUUCUGACCAUGGGGGCUCUAGAGAUUGGGCCUAAGGUUCAGGCACAAGAAUGCAGAGACAGUCUGACCAAUAUGCAGGUAUGUGCACCAUUGGUUCUGCCCGGUGCGGUCAAUCCAGCCCCGAACUCCAAUUGUUGCACUGCCCUCCAAUCAACUAACAAAGAUUGUCUCUGUAACGCUCUUCGAGCAGCUACCACACUUACCUCUCUUUGUAACCUCCCCUCUUUUGAUUGUGGUAUAACCAUAUAACUAUAUAAGUGCCUCAUCUCAGCAACGGUCAGUUCCGAGGAUUUGGGUAGUUU